CUCGGCCAGACGCCAAGCCGAACGGCGUUGCUGCGUGGAAGCCUUCCACGGUUCCACGGUUCCGCCUCUCCUCAUCCCCCUUCUCCGCAGCGCCCAACCACCACCACCGCCGGAGGCCGAAGCCGCGUGGAGGGGGAGGCCGAGUCCAGAUCGGAGCUGAGCCGUCCGCCCGCCCGCCCGCGCGCCCGCCGUGGGAUGCCGUUGCGGUCCCCGGAGGUGAGGUAGCUCGACGCCUUUUUCGUAUUCUAGGCCGGGGGUAUUGAGGCGAUGGCGGAGGAUGGCGAGGAGAAGCUGCUCGCGACGGUGCAGCACAUCGUGCAGACGCUGGGGAGCAGCGACACCAUGACGGAGGACAUCCUCAGGGUCUUCUCCAACUACGACGGCCGCCUCUCGCUCGACAAGCUCUACGCCGCGCGGACCGCGGCUGCGUCUGCGGCUGCUGGCGGCGGCGGAGUAGUAGGAGGGGGAGGAGGAGGGGAGCACUCGAUGCCGGAGUCGCCGACGCUGCCGCCUCCGCCAGCUGCGGCGGUGUCGGCGGCCGCGGGGAGGCCGCCGCCGGUGACGUCGAUGGAGCGGACCGUGCGCACCCUCGACCGCCAGAUCUCGCAGUUCGUGGCGAUGGACGGGCUGAUUUGGGCGGACUCCGCCGACGCCGACGCGUUCCUUGAGGCGGUCGACGACCUCAUCGGCACCGUGCAGGAGCUGGAAGCUGCGGGGACCAACCGCGGCCUGUUCGACCGCGCGGAAGAGCUGCUCAGCAGGUGCAUGCUGCGGCUGGAGGAUGAGUUCCGGGCGCUCAUCGAGCGCCCCGAUGACGCGGCCCCCACGGCGCCCGGCGGGUUCCGGUCGGACGGGAGCGACGACGACGAGGAUUUCGGAGGCGGGGACGGCUACGGCGACGAGCCUAUCCCAAUCGCCAAGCCGGUGACGGACUACGAUGUGGUGAUCGACGCGCUCUCGCCGGGGUCGGUGGCGAACGUGCAUCAGAUCGCACGGAGGAUGGUGGACGCGGGCUUCGGGCGAGAGUGCGCCGAGGUCUACGCUGCCGCGCGCCGUGGCUUUGUCGACGAGAGCGUUGCUCGCCUCGGCGUCCGCCCACGAACGGUUGAAGAGGUCCAUGCCUCCACCUGGGAGGAGCUCGAAUUCGACAUCGCCCGGUGGAUCCCUGCCUUCAACAUGGUGUUCCGUAUCCUGAUUCCCAGCGAGCGUCGGCUUUGUGACCGCGUCUUUGACGGCCUCGCCCCAUUUGGCGACCUCGCCUUUGUCGCUGCGGUGCGCACUCAGGCCGUACAGCUCAUAUCAUUCGCCGACGCUAUCUCUUCGUCCAGCCGUGCUCCUGAACGCCUCUUCCGAGUGGUGGACAUGUACGAGGCUGUGCGGGACCUUCUACCUGACCUUGACCCGGUGUUUGCUGAUCCCUAUUCUGCAGCGCUCCGUGCAGAGGUCACAGCAGUAUGCAACACUCUCGGUUCUUCAAUCAAAGGCAUAUUCAUGGAGUUGGAAAAUCUCAUCCGCCGCGAUCCCGCUCGUGUUGCAGCCCAAGGCGGUGGCAUACACCCCAUCACUCGGUAUGUCAUGAACUAUCUCCGUGCUGCUUGCGGGUCACGACAGACAUUGGAAGAGGUGAUGGAAGGUGACUUUGGCGCUGUUGGUGGAGUGGCUAUUGCAGUUGACCCUGAUCGUCCCACCUCAUCGCUUGCUGUGCACAUAGCAUGGAUCAUGGAUGUCUUGCACAAGAAUUUAGAUAUAAAGUCGAAGAUAUACCGAGAUCCACCACUUGCUUGUAUCUUCUUGAUGAACAAUGGCAAGUACAUCAUUCAGAAGGUGAAUGAUAGUGAACUAGGCGUUUUACUUGGUGACGAGUGGAUCAAACAAAUGACAAACAGAGUGCGGCGUUGGAGCAUGGAUUACCAGCGGGUAACAUGGGGCAAGGUCACGACUGUAUUGCAGAUUGGUGGUCCUGGAGUAGGUGCACUCCCUGCCAAGGCAAUGAUGCAAAAACUCCGGAUGUUUAAUACCUACUUUCAGGAGAUCUAUGAAGCACAAUCAGAGUGGGUGAUAGCAGAUGAACAGCUGCGGGUGGAUGUUAGGGCAGCAGUGGCGGAAGCUGUAAUGCCAGUAUAUUCAGCCUUGAUUUCUAGAUUGAAAUCGUCCCCUGAAACCAGGCAUGACUUGUACAUCAAAUACACGCCGGAAGAUGUUGAGGCAUGCAUCCAGCACUUGUUUGAAGGAACAGCUAAGUGAUGUGUUAUUCAAUAAGCUGUGGUGCUGGUGUGCUGCACCUUGCAGCUUCUACUAUGGGGUCUGCAGGUUUCUUUCAUGGAUCCUGGUGAAUAUCCAAGUCUCAUUAUUGUCAAUUUUCAUAGCUCAACCUUGCAGCUUGUAUUGCUUGUAGUUUGGCCUCCAUGAAGAAAUCACGAGGUAAGAAAAUGGUGUACAACUGUAGAUGACUGCUGCAAGUGUAUCAGUAUCUGUGCCAAGUAGUAAGGUGAUUAUUUUGUAACAAUAUCAGGAUUUUUUUUUCUUUUGUUUCAACUAUUCCAGGUUAACCCUAAGUGUUUGUGUGUGACUUUCCGUAUUUACU